UCAGUAUAUUGUGGAGCACGGCGGGGGAUGGUACUCUCGGAAGACGUCAGUUUUGGCGCUAAAUUCUCCGACUUCCCGCGCUCGUAUCGUCCACGUGCGCUCAAACUGUAAUUUUCAAUUUAACUGUUAUGUAUCAUGAAACGCUAUGUUUGGGUGACACUGAAUUAAGUUUACGUAGUUGCCAUUUUAAUGUUUUUCUAGACUUAUGAUUGUGCUGUGUCUCUAUCAAUAUUAUCUUCGAUCGCGUGUGGAAACAUUACAUCGAGGGACACAUGUUUUCAACGUCGACGAAGGCGGCCUGGUGGCUGGCUACAUUUUUUAGUGUAUUAGUGACAGCGGAGAUGCCGACACAAACAGAGGCGGAGCCCGAAUUCCUGCAAGCCCUGGAGAACCACACUGUGACUCUGGGACGCGACGUGCACUUUACAUGCGUCGUCAACCACCUCUCAAACUACAGGGUGGCGUGGAUAAAGUCAGAUUCGAAAGCAAUCUUGGCGAUUCACACGAACAUGGUGGCUCUGAACCCUCGCCUAUCCGUCACGUACAAUAACCACAAUACGUGGAAACUGCGCGUCAGCAACGUGCAGCCGAACGAUUCCGGUACAUACAUGUGUCAAGUCAACACUGAUCCAAUGAAAAGUCAGAUGGGUCACUUAUCUGUAGUGAUCCCACCGGAUAUAGUCGAUUCGGCAACUGAAGGUAGUUCGGCUCAAGAAGGCGGCAGUAUCAGGUUGACGUGUACGGCCACAGGGCUGCCAACUCCCGCUGUGCUGUGGCGUCGACAGAACAACAAGCCCAUUGUGUUUAGGCAUGACGGAGGACGAGAAAAGAAAGUGGUGGAAACUUAUAGAGGUGAGAGCCUCGAAUUGUCCCACGUGCAAAGAAACGACAUGGGAACUUAUUACUGCAUCGCAAGCAACGGGGUCCCGCCCACUGUCAGCCGCCGUUACCAAGUCGAAGUUCAUUUUAUACCACAAGUGAAAGUGACGAACCAACUGGUGGGAGCUCCGCUGGGAAGCGACGUAGAACUGCAGUGCUACAUCGAAGCCUCUCCUAAAGCGAUGAACUCUUGGUCUCGGGAAGACGCGUUACUUAGUGACAAACUGGCAGAGAAUCCGAAGUUGCGAGUCAAAGAGGCCAUUGUCAAUGAAUACUCAUUAUGGAUGAAUUUGACUAUCAAAUCGCUGGCUCUUAGUGAUUAUGGAACAUAUGUUUGCGCUUCGGUUAAUGCGCUUGGGAAGAUGGAGAGUCAAGUCAGCUUACACAGGUUGGAGUUGAGCAUGAAUGGUUUUGGAGCUGAAGAACCUAUGGUGUCCGGUGCCGCAUGGCAGAGAGCUAGGAGCUCGCCAACUGGAACUCGUCCCGCCGCUUCUCAUGCUCAGUACCACCACCUCACGAGAGAACUUCCACCGCAAAUAUAUGCGCUAGUGAUCGCUCUACUAAGAUAUCUAACCUUCUAAUUUUUCAACUUAACUUCGUAUGGAACUCUAAUAAUGUUUUGGAUUGAAUCUAUCGACUACAUACAAUUAAUAAAGAUAAUACUUUGAGUGUUCAGAAAGCUAAUAGAAGAUAUCAAAAUUUUAACUAUUAGUAAAGUAUAGUACAUGUAACUUACUUUACAAAUAAUUAUGUUAAAUUUUUAGGUUGGUCUAUAAAGUAAUUCGCAGCCUCCAAACUAACAGAAAUCUUUAGUGUCGCAUCUAAAAUACAGUACUAAUAUAGAUAUAUAGUAUAUAUCUAUUUGACUCAUAGAAUGUUGGUAAAUGUUAAUACAAAAUCAUUACUGUGUCUCUUCGUUUCUCUAUUAGAUUCUAAGUACCUGUGACAAUGAAAUCGGGUGUUAUAUAAAACUAUAAACCUUCAAUUCUUUAUGUCGUAAAUUAUUUUAGAGGUUAAAUUUUAGAUUUAAAUACAUGUGUAUUUAACUGAUUAGCUUAAGAUGAUUAAUGUUUUAGAACUUCAAUUAUAAAAUGUCAUUGUUUCGUGUUUUACUCAAUACCUUGAUCUAAUGUUACGUUGACUUGACAAUAAAUGUGUAAUUUAUGAAUAAAUGUAAUAAAUAAAAUAAAUGCCCUUAUUAAAA